UCGUGGAGCUUUAGGUGUUUUCGCUCAAUAAACACACACAACGCCCGGUCUGGGAAUCGAAACCGCGAUCCUCCGACCGCGAGUCCGCUGCCCUAAACACUGGGCCAUUGCGCCUCCUACUGCUGCUGCACGACAGGUUGACGAAGAAGAGGAAGUGAAAAAGAAAAACAACGAAAUCCAAUGGUUGCUGGGGACACACUGGAGAAGCAAUUACCUACCACCAACAGGAACAAUCUUUACCAUAGAUUGUGUUCAGAAAAUUAUUUCUUUGAAACAGACCAUAUUAUUCUAAAUUCAACUGAUAAUUCUAAACAAUGAUGUCUCAGAUUACAAGCUUCAUUGGAAUAUUGUGCUGUUUGUUCUUCCUGCCAACAGUUUUACCAGUCUCAAUAUACAAUAUGGAUGAGCCCAGUACCUGCGAUCAGACGGUGAAGGUCUAUGAAACGCCAAUCAUCGUUAAUGCUAGAAAAUCAACAGUCACACCAUCAAAUCCUCGCCAGUAUUGUGACCUCUACCUGGAAGCCAGCUCCACAGACAAUGCCUACCGACUACAGAUCAUCAUCAAGAGUGUGGCCAUCAAAGACUCUGCAUUUCGUCUCAGAAUCAUAGAUGGUACCAGAAAUGGCAACCUUCUCAGACAGUUGGGACAUGGCUCCAAGACCACUGACAUGAUAGUCACCAAAUCUAGCACUGCUGUUCUUUCAUUGUAUAGACCUAAAACACAAUACUAUACAGAGAAUGAUUUUUCUUUGGAGAUAAAAGGAUACCGAGAUCCUGAUGAACCUGAAGCUGUGUUUGGAGGGUCACGUUUGGCUCCUGGUGCUAUCAUUGGCAUUGUUAUUGCUGUGCUUCUACUCAUAGCCUUUGCCUUUGCACUCUGCUACAUGUAUAAUACAGGAAUAUUAACAGGCAAGCGGCGCCGACAUAACAGAUCCAAGAGCCUGACUAAAGUACCACUAGGUACCAAUGGAUCGAUGGCAAGUGUGGUAACUGCUGGGUCAGAGUCAGUUUUGGGACAGGAAAAGACAAAUGCACAAAUCAGAAGUGAUGGGGGAGGGCACGUGAACCGUGCAUACAAUACCCUUGUGUUGAAUUCCAUGUUGGCAACAUCUCAGGGAAAGGGGAGAUCAGAUGGAGAAGGUAAUGUUAAAUUGGGCCGGAGUAUUAGUAGAGGUAGCAGUAUAAAUAUUGCAGACAGGCCAGCUUUGACCCCACCUCAUACUACUGGCAAGCAAUACAAUAAAUAUCACAGCUCAGAUGAACAGGAACCAGAUGCUGAGUACCUGGAACCAGUGAGCCAUAGACGUUCUGGACGGCUGAACACUGUGACCUUUGACACAAAGCCAAGUCACUUUGAAAGAAGCUUUAAUGGAGGUCUCUCACAACAACAACAAAGCCCUCAUGGUUCACACAGAGGGUCGGGGUCAAGGUCACAGGCACGCCCUAACACUGACCGGCACAGUGGACGAAGCGCAACGUCAUACAAUGAGAUACAACAGCUGCCUGACUUGUUUGUCAAUGACCCAGAGAGCAAGGCCCAACACUCACAGAAGUCACGGUCCCCACGGGAUUCCAGCAGAGACCAGUCUCCAAAGCGACGGACUCCUUCCUACCGCUACAAUCCCUCCACUGACAACAACAAAAAUGUCACAGAACCAGCAGAGAAAACUGGGGUCCAACAACAUGAUGAUGGCCCCUUGUCAGAGAUGAACAAAAAUUCCAAACACAGGUCCAGUCAUAAUCAAAGCCCCACAACAAAUGGUCCACAGGCAGAUAAUGUGGCCUAUGCACAAAUACGGCAUAAGGCACCAUCAGCUGAGUCAAGGGAUCGCAAUUCCACUGCAGAAAACAAGAUCUCAGAGGAUAAAGUUCCAUCACGGGGCAACAACAUCAAUCGAGUUAGUAUAACUGAAGAAGAACUUCAGGAAGAGAUUCAAAAACGGCAGGAACAAAAACAAGAAAGGGAGAAACAUCAGUCAAAGAAUGGUUCUAAUAGAGGAAGAAGUAGAGAGAGAGAGGAUGGUAGGCGAUAUGGGGAAGAUGAAGAAGAUGAAGAUGAUUUGGAAGUCAAGCACUUCCACACACUUGCUGAAAAUGGUAACUCAACCAGCAUCGGCAAUUCCUUUGACUUUGAAACAGGAGAUGAGGAGCCACGACAGAUGACCAACCCUGUUGUUAACAAUACCUACAUUAAAAAGUCCAUGCAGGACCCCAUGAUGACAGCAACAGAGAAAUCACAAACAAAACCAUCUGGAAGACGAGAUUCACAUUCACAGUUUCAAGCCGAUGAGGAUGAUGAUGAUAUUCACUCUCGCCCUGUCCAUCCGCAUUUUGGUAUUCCAGACCUUGUCCAGAAUUCAUCGCAUCAGGACCAGAGUGAUCCCUAUUACAGCGGAUUCCCAACAGCAUUCAGUGAGAUAAUGUCUCGAACUGUCAAUCCUAAUCCAAAUAAAUCAUUUGCAUAUGGUUACCAUUCGCAUUCUGACCCACACCGUGAAGACUCGGUCAGUGGAAAAGCAGCAUGGUACAUGGAAUCGACACCAACCAAAUCUGGACCAAUCAAUACAACAGCGUUUUUCAUGCAGACUUCGCAACCCUCACAGAGGAAUGAAGACUCACCUCAACACACCAAUACACCACCUAGUGCAUUUCGGACAGUGAAUGGCAUGGGUGGAAAUAGGCUGCCCCCAGAAUACACUUCUACUCCAGCUGAUCCUUAUGCACCUGCUGCAUCUUCUUCCCCAAAGAGUGGCCAUGGCCAGAGGGGCGAAGUAGUAAAACCGAAACCAAGAUCUCGAAAGAGUUUGCCAAAUAGAUCUGGAUCACCACCCAGGAGAUUUCCAUUGUCAGUCCCUGACCCCCAUGCUAUCGAUGGAAUAUCAGCAAUUGAACCAGGCCAACGGUCAGCAAUGGUACGGUCAGGAUUUGACCCAACAACUGGCUGCCAAACAUCUCAGGUGAUGUGGGCUGAGAAGGUUCCAGAUCCAACAGACCCUGGCCCUAGCGACAACCCCAGCAUAACAAGAAAAACAAUCAAUAGAAUUACGACACGCAGCACCUAUGACCGGCUGCCAGACAACCCUUUCCCCUUGCUUGCGCAAAUGCAUGCUGACCCAUCAGAGCCCUCAUUCCUUUCCCCAUCUGCCAAUUUCCAAGGAGGCAUCGGACUCUUGCCUCGUCCAGAGGAGAUAUCUUUCUACACCCAGAAUGGUGGUGGUACAGCAGCCCCUGUCAUACAUGAAGCACCCAACCGGAACCAGUACAUCAAAGACAAAAUCAGUUAUGCUUGACCAAAGCAGCAGCAACAGCUAACCACAGCAAUGGUUGACCAACAAUAGAGCCGUCAACAUAGGCACUUGAACUGCUAGAUAUGACAUCCAAACAACCCUCAAAUUAGGACACAUUGGAUAAUGAGGUAUGGUUUAAGAUACAUUCCAAAGGAAACGGUAUGGUCACAGCUGGAAUGUUUUUGAUCUUAGGUCUAAUGGACCGAGGGCUAAACAGUAACAACUGUAGCCACUAAUACUAACUACUGUACAGUACAUUAGAUAAUGUAGUCCUAGAUACACUCUGCCUGAAUGAAAGAUAUAACCAGGAAUAAUAACAAAACCACUAAUACUAACUUCUAUAUUAUACAUUUGAUGAUGUAGUCCUAGAUAUAUUAUGUCUAAAUAAGAGGGGAUGGUCACAGCUGGAACAUGUUUGAUCAUCAGUCAAUUGGACCAUGAAUGACUUGGGGGUUAAACAACAUCUAUAACCACUUAUACUAAAUACUAUAUGAUACAUUUGAUUACGUAGUCCAAGAUAUAUUGUGUCUUAAUAAAAGACAUGAUCAUUGUAGCUGGAACAUAUUUGAUCAUAGGUUUGUUGAAUCGGGACUGACAUGGGACUAAACAAACACAAGGUGCUAAUGUUUGACCACCAGAAAUACAAAUAUAUCUUCACAUUCUUACAUGUAA